UAUUCCACACCCUGACUCUCAGCAAAACAGAGGCAGAGGAGCCAGUGCGUGAUGUCGGACUCGAUAUUAUUGCAAACAACGGGACAGUGAAACAAACUGGGGGGAAAAAACGAUCAGCACACACAUUGAAAUCCAAGCUAACAACAACAUCCAGGCUCCUGUUCUCGGCUGAACCCCAUGGAUCCCGGCGGAAGUGAACUGGACUCCAGCCUGCCUCAGCCCGAGAAUCCGUGUUUGAUCGUGGAGGACUCUCAGCCGGACAGCGUCGCUCUGGAGGACGAUCCCGAGAGCAGCUACCGAGCCCUGCUGGCCCGCCGCCUAUCCAAUCUGCAGCCCACCGCCUGCAGCCCGGUUCUUGAACUGAUAUCGUCACCUUUAGGAAGCAGAUGCUCUCAGACUGACAGCCAGCUAGACAGCCCCCAGAAUAACGGUGGUGAACCUGGGAUCCUCACAGUUUCCAACUGUAGUUCGUCAUUCCAGGAGGAGAGUCAAGUUACAGACAGUUGCCCUCCUCCACACAAGAAAAAGAGUGGACCAGAGGACACUGAUAUGGAUUCUGGAGCUGAUUCCACCACACACUGUAAUCAGCAUGAUGAGGAAGCCUCCCAGUUUGGUUUUCUCGAGCUUUCUCAGAGUCAAGAUCUGCGUGGUGAAGUGAUGAACUGUCAGGAGAAAGACCUCUCUCUGCAGCCUGUCAAUGAGAAAUGCACCAAAUCAGCGGAGCAGAACAUUUGCUCCAGGACUUUGGAGAAUCAGGACAACAAAUCUGUGAGAUCUGAGGUGAGCUCCAGCAGCUCGUCAGACACUCCCGCACAUUCGGGCAGGAAGCUGAGUGUCCAGGCUCUGCUGCAUUCGCAGGGCCUUCAUGCAUCUGAUGAGCAGGAUCAACAAGAUCCUGAGAUCCUGUCCUCACAGGAGGACCUGUUUCAUUCUGACAAGUCAGGUGCUGCAGUAGACAGUACAGUGUCUGAGCCGGAGCAGCAGGGUCACCCGACCCCAACGCCAUCCCGCACCCUGGGACUGUUGCAUCUCUCUGGACAGGGAACACUGGUUCAGGAGAGUUUGUCGCAGAGCUCAGUUGAUUAUAUUGCCCCAACCCCAGACAACUUCACCCGCACUCCUUUAAUUGUUCCCAGCUCACCCACUGGACCAGAGAUUGGAAGUGGUCUUGAUGAACCAAUGGAUACGUCAUUGCCUCCAGAUGAUGGUGCAGGGGCAAAGGAUGAUCAGCCAAUGGAAACGGAUUCAGCCUCUAAACCACAACCGUCUGCCUCUACUCCUGUAUCUCAGAAUCCCCCUGGUUUUGUGUUGGAACGCACCCUGUCAUUACCUUCUCAACCAGAGUUCUCCCAUGAUGUGUUUGCCCCAACACAGAGUCAGGACACCUCAAAACCAUUAGAUAAGAUGUCUGCAUCAAUGCAUCAUGAUACACAGUCUCAACAUCUGGAAUCGGCUCCAUUCACUUUGCCUUUGCAACUCUCUAUAAACACUGAAAAUAGUGGCGCAGCUCCGGAGACCUCAGAACAAAUCGAAGAGGACAGUCAGGCGACACAGAUAGAGGAAUUUGAAAAGCCACUCGGUGUGGAUACCAGUGAUUCUGUGGCUUCAUGCUGUCACCAGAGGAGUGAGAGCAAUAGCGUUGCGGUACAAUCACACACUGACACUAAUGUGAAAUCUUCCACCUCUGCUGAAUCACUUAAGCAUCAGAGUGAAUGUUCCAAGUCUGAAGUGUCCAAUCUGUUGCACAGGUCUGAUGUGCACAAAGCAGCGGUAACUUCUUUGAAUGUACAAAAUGUGAAUGUUAAAGAAGGUAAGAGUGACUGCAAAGAGGUGAGCUCUGCUGACAUGGUGUCCUGCUCUCAACCAAACCUCAAUUCCUCAGAUCUGACUGUUAACAGUUGUGUGCAGGAGACUCCCUCAGAUAUUACACCCUGCAGUUUGCCUUCACAGUCCAUGAUAUCUGAGACAUCUGUUGUGGAUGUGGUGAGGAGUUCUUUGAAUGUAAGAGGAGGAGAAAUUAGUCACCCAGUAGAGCCAUCGUCACCACAGCAAUGUCCAACAGUUGGUGACAGCCAGACUGACAAUAACAUGAUGGAGGAGCAUGAGCAGGGUGAAGAGGAGGAGGAGGAGGCACUCAUGGAAGAGGAGAGUGCAGGGGGAGGUGGUGCUUCAGCAAUGGGUCUUGCUCUCUCCCAGAGUCAGGUGUUGUCUCCUGAGCCCAUGGAGGAUGACGGUGAAGAGCAGGGACUGGACAGUGUGAUUGUGGUUACAGACAGUGAGGGAGACUCCCAGAUUUUGAAGAAAGAUGUGACGCCACAGUCAAAGACCAAGAGCUCCCAGCCAAUCGGAGGCAAUGUGUCCGCCUCUUCUAACGGCCACGAAGCUCAGGCGAAGGAAGUGAAUGUAUCUCCUGAUAGAUUCCCACACACUGAGAUGAAGGGGCCUGAACCUGAAGGGCUCAAAGACAAGAGCCUCAGCGAUAGCUCAGGAGAAAUUUCCUUUCACUUCACGCUUCCCAAAGAAGGGGAGCUGAUUGGUCCUGCUGUUGGUGCCACGCCUCCUCUCAUCAAUCAGCUAAAGCAGACGCUGAGACACAGCACUCCCAUUGAGAUCACAUCCUUUUCUGAGAAGUCACAUAUGGUGGGUGAUGUCUCUGCAGAUGUGGCGAUGGCUGCCAGUGACAUUGUGUCUGGGGAGGUCCAAGAGGAUGUGAUGGAAAACGGAGAGGGGAAGCUAAGUUUGAGGAUGAAGCUGGUGACCCCUGUUGAAGAAGGCAGCUCGGAGACUUUCAGCCUGCAGAAGCCAGCACUGUUAGAGGAGGAUGGAUCUGUCACCAAGGUUACCACUGUUUCCAAGGCUGAAACCAGCAGCCCGUCAGUGUUCAGUCGAGUCAGACAGGUGCACAGGCAGCAGGAGGCAGAGGACGACAGCCAACAUGCAGGCAAAUCUACAUCUGUCAGGGGGGAACUAUUCGCCUCACCACAGAGAAGCUCCCAGGCAUCCUCGCUUGGAUGCAGCAGCCUCCCUAACAGCCAAUCACUGACUUCACAACAAGAAAUAUUGGAAGCUCCACAGCAGAACACCGUUAAAUCUCCCACUCCUGCUGAGCAAUCUGAAGAGGGACGAGGACAACAGGAAGUUUCUGAGCCCCCAACCCCUAACAGUACAGAUGCCAGGAAGGAGGUGGUUUCCCGGCAAACCUUCACAUCCAGCCCGUCCAGCAAGCGCACCGUCUCUCAGCAGACCAGCUUUGAUGCCCCAGGACUGCGCUCCCCAGCUGGCAGGGUUGAGCCAGAGUCUCCGUCCUUUAGAAGAACAGCAGGCCCCUCCCACUGCAGACACGUACGCACCAUCCAGGAAGUGCGCACCACCAUCACACGGAUCAUCACCGAUGUAUAUUAUGAGGAUGGUAAAGAGGUGGAGCGCAAAGUGACUGAGGAGAAUGAGGAGCCAGUGGUCGACUGCCAAGUGUUGGACAGCGACGUCUCCCCGUGCCGCACGGGCAGCAGCUCUCUGACCUCUGGUGACCUGGGUGACAUCAGCUCUCUGUCAUCUAAGACGUCCAGCCUGCAGCACAGUUCAGGAGGAACCACAAGCAGCAGUGGCUUCACCAGGCCUGACUUCAUUGUGCCGUCAAGCCGAGGGGCCAGAUCUUUCAGUCCCAGGAGGGGAGGUGGGCAUCAACAGAGGGGUCACAGAGGUCAACGGGCAGGGUCAGUAGUCACAAAGGACGGAGGCUAUGGCACCCUUGGGUCCCGGGCCUUCGUCCCACCCACUCCCAGAGGAAGGGCUAGAAGGGGCCGACCCCCGUCCCGCUCCUCCCCGUCCAGGGGGGGUGCUGCUCGCUCACUGCAGAGACUCGGUGCUCAUGGGCAGCUGCUGUCCUCCUCAGAGGACGAGCCCUACACCCGCAUGCUCCCCCCGCGCCUCCCCGUCAGCCCCACAGAUGCGGAGUCCCCCAGUCACUCGGACUCCCUCAGGUCAUCACCAGAAGAGGCGAGCUCAGCCAGCAGCUUUGUCGGCUUGCGCGUGGUGGCCAAGUGGUCGUCCAACAGCUACUUCUACUCAGGCCGCAUCAUCAAAGACGCCGGAGAGGGAAGAUUUCGUCUGCGGUUCGACGAUGGCUACGAGUGUGAGGUGGUUGGCAAGGACAUCCUGCUGUGUGAUCCCAUUCCCCUAGAGACUGAGGUCACUGCUCUUCUGGAGGAUGAAUACUUCAGCAUAGGUGUGGUGAGAGGUCAUAAAACAGAAGGCCAGGAGCUGUUCUACAGUGUGGAGAGGGAGGGCCAGAGGCAGUGGUACAACAGGACUGCAGUCAUCCUUUCUCUGGAGCAGGGAAACAAACUGAGGGAGCAGCACAGUCUUGGGCCUUAUGAGCCCUCAACUCCCCUGACCAAGGCCUCAGACAUCAGCCUGGAUAACCUGGUAGAGGGGAAGAGGAGGCGCAGAGUGACCUCAGAGGGUCAGAACACUCCUAACCGCGACUCCUCAGGCAGUCCUCAUACUCCCGGUCCCUCUGGUAAGAGGAAGCUGAGGACGAGCGCCGCGGACAACAGGACGCCGGCCAAGAGAGGCCGCAGAGGUCCGGGCGCCAGAGUCGCUCAGCGGCUUGGUGAGUGUAACACAUCCGGCAGUGGCACAGAUUUCCCUGGUCAGUCUUGUGACGUGGCAGAGACUCAUGGACCGCUGCCCGAGAACACGUCUCUCUUCAUGGGCUUUGCAUUCAUGCUCACGGCCUCUUCGGAGAUUGACCGGCUAACCAACAUGCUCACCGGCAGUGACGACGAGGAUCACAUGCAGAUCGGCCCAUACAACAAAGCAUACACAGAGUCUCAGCUGCAGGCAGGUGGAGGCUUCAUUCUGCCUGACUUUAAUGAGGAACAGUGUAAGGCAGCGUAUCAGAGCCUGCUCAUAGCUGACCAGCACUGCCGCACUAGGAAGUACUUGCUGUGUUUGGCCAGCGGUGUUCCGUGUGUGUCUCAUAUAUGGGUGCGAGACUGCUGCAAGGAGAACAAGCUGCUCAACUACAGGAAUUACCUGCUGCCUGCUGGAGCGGGGCCAGACGAUGCCGUGGUAGAAUGGCAUUCUCGCUGCAGUCCCUUCAAAGCUCUGCGGGUCCUUCUCAUGUUUGAGAAGCCAGUGGAGCUUUGGGCCCAGUUGGUCACUAUGGGUGGAUGUUCCUCAGUCCGGCACUUCCAGGGAGACAAGGACAGUUCAGACAUUCCUGCUGGCAAGUACGAUGUUGUGGUGACAGACCAUGCCUGUCCACCAUUGGUAGCAAAAAAUGUGACAUCGCAGGAAAUCCCACUCGUGUCCGCCGAGUGGAUCAUUCAGAGCAUCAUCUGCGGGGAGCGUCUGGAUUUCCACAGCAAACCUCAGUAUUGUCACGACUACACCUCAUAAUCCAUCUCCACGUGUGCAAAAUGCCUUGGAUCAUGUUAAAUGUUCAACGUUAUUCUGUUGCAUGCCUCUGCUGUAUAUAACUUUAUCCUGUCUAUUUUUAUGGGAUAAUAAAUUGUGACUCUCGUUUCAUUUUAA